AUUUCAAACAAUAUCAUUUGCUUUAUCUCUGCAAUUAUAUAUGUGUUGGAUAUAACCAAAAAACCUAGACCUACCACUUCGCUAAGGUAGGUCUGUCCGUGAGUUGUCUGUGAUUAGAUGUUUUUAUUGUUCAAUAUUGACUCUUCUUUCUUUUAUAUAAUGAAUAAUGUAAAAAAUUUCCUAAUAUUUGUCUACCUUAUAAAUUAGAAGCACAACACUCUCUCCUCUUCACAAAUCUCACAUCCUCACUCCUCAGCUCCUCAAAUCAGAAUGAAUCAAUCCGCGCAAAAUUACUUUUCCGUGCAAAAACCUUCAGAGACUUCAUCAGGGCCGUACACAAGUCCGCCACCAAUUGGUUAUCCGACUAGAGAUGCGGUGGUGGGUGAUCCUCCGGCAGCAGCAGUGGAGACAAACUCCAAGGGCGUCAACCCCGAAGCCAUAAUGAGUUGUUUUAGUACUUGUAUGGAGUGUAUCUUCUGCUGCGGCGUAUGCUCCAGCCUCUGUACAUCAGAGUAAAUCAGCAUGAUGAGACAGAAGUCGUUGCCCAAACCUGAAAAACAACACGUGAUAGAAAAUCUAUAUAUAUAUAUAUAUAUAUAUAUGUUAUAGUAGUCGUUUCUAUGGAUUUCCACGCAUUUUAAAGUUUAUUUGUUUCACUGUUUAAAAUGAAUCAUUUGCUUCGUGUAUUUUGUUUCUAUAUAAAUAAAAGAAAUUAAAAACCAAAUAGCUAGUCAUAACUCUUUACUACUCAAAGGAAACUGUGUUUUAGUGUU